AUGGAAGUACAUCGUGAAUGUGGCGUGUGUUGUUUGGAAUACUGUGAGUCGUAAAUAAAAAUGCUUUUGAUGCAUUACUAAACCCUGUUAUAAGUGAACUUCGUGUGUGUUAGAACAUUAAACAACCAAGAAGCUUUCAGUGAAGCCCAAAAUCUGGCGUUCUAAAGUGAUUUACUUUUGGUAUUUUGUCAUAUGUUGCACGCCUGCCUUGGGAUCUCAAUGAAGACAAAAAAAAAUAAUCAGUAAUUCUGAUGCUAAAUUGAUAAUGUUAAAUAGACACAACCAGUCUUCCGGCACGUUAUUGCGCUUUCUCGUGACAAUGCGGUGCCUUAUGUGCAAAUACAUUUUCUAAAAUGUUCAUGUUAUUGAUUCAUGAUGAUGGUUGUUAGAGCUGAAACUGAAUAAUAUCAGAAUGAGUCACAAUCUGGCUGGAAUGCCGUCCUACAGGCUGCCAGGCCCUGGUCUAGGGCCUCCAGACUUCAAGCCUCCAAUGGACACGCCGACUCCGCCGGCGCCAGCACCAAGCAACCCUAAAAAACGAAGGAAAACUUCAAAUGCAAACAAUGCAUUAACACCUCCUCAACCACCUCCCACAGCACAAGAUCUACUGCCACCUCCUUUAACAGGAUAUGGAGAUACAAUUGUUGCUUCAAACCCUUUCGAUGACUCCCCAUCCACUGUAUCACAUAAUGGUCCCAUGAUGAGUCAAAACGGAUCAAUGAUGAGUCAAAAUGGUCCAAUGGGUAUGAUGGGACCGAUGCACAGUAUGGGUGGUCCACCAAUGAGACUAAUGAGCCCACAUGGUAUGAACCCUAUGAAUCAGCAAAUGCCUCCUAGAGGUGGUAUAAGCCCAAUGGGAAAUAUGAGUCCCAUGGGACAUAUGGGUGGCAUGUCACCCAUGGGAGGCCCCAACAUGAGUAUGAGUAAUCACAGUAUGGGCCCAGGAAUGGGACCAACUUCAAGAUCAAUGGGUAGUCCAAUGAGUCCCAUGAAUUCAAUGCCAAUGGGCUCACCAAUGUCAUCUGGACCUAUGGGCAGUCCUAUGAAUAUGGGUUCAAUGGCAGGUAGUCAUAUGAGCAACAGUCCUAUGGGUCCACCUAUGCACAGUCCUCUUGGUGCAGGAUCUAUGAAUGGGCCAAUGAAUGGCCCUAUGGGUGGUGGAGGACCAGGCAUGAAUGUUCCACGCAUGAAUGGGCCAAUGGGGCCUAGUUGCUCUAAUGGUUCAAUGGGGCCUAGUAAUUCAAUAAUGUCAUCUAAUCCUAUGCAAGGUGGUGGUAUGGGGCCAGGGCAUUGUGGACCUAUGAGACAUGGAAGUCCAAUGCCUUCAGGUAUGGGAAGUGGACCAAUGGGUGGUAAUGGACCUAUGACAUCUAUGGGCCCAGGCCCACCCUACUCUAGCAGUCACAUGGGUCAUGGUGGACCUAUGGGAAUGGGAGGAAAUGGAUCGAUGGGUAUGGGACCUGGGCCAGGUAAUAUGGGAAAUUGUGGACCACUUGCUGGAAUGAGUGGGAUGGCAAUGGGUGGUCCUGGGGGGCAGGGCGUGGGUCCUAUGGGCCAGAACAUGGGCAUGUUUGGACCAAAACCUAUGCCAGUCAGUGCUGGAAAAGUGUACCCUCCUGAUCAACCAAUGGUAUUUAAUCCACAAAACCCUAAUGCACCCCCUAUUUAUCCUUGUGGAGUUUGUCACAAAGAAGUACAUGACAAUGAUCAAGCUAUAUUAUGUGAAUCUGGCUGCAACUUUUGGUUUCAUCGGGGCUGUACUGGUCUAACAGAGCCUGCGUUUCAAUUGCUGACAGCAGAAGUGUAUGCGGAAUGGGUAUGUGACAAGUGCCUGCAUUCAAAGAAUAUACCUCUAGUGAAGUUCAAACCAUAGCGAUGCGCCGUACCCCCCUCACCUCCCCUCCUACCACCUAUUUGAGUCGAAAUCCUCUCCUAACAUCACAAAAUAUUUAUUUCACUUCAUCAAAUAAGAUGGACACUGUAUGUGAGCACAAGUAGGCUUGGGUAUGAAGUUAGUUUGUCUGAUCAUCAUAUGAUAUGGUCUGUUGGUACCCUAGCUAGGAAAGAUCUCAUGUUGGAUAGUUACAUUAAAUUAAGAUAGCUAAAAUGUAUUUGAAGACUUACAAUUUGAUUUUAAUAUUAUGUUAAAUCGAAAUACAAUAUUACUAGUAACUCCACAGAAUGGUUGGUGAAUAGGUUAUUGAUGAAAGUGCAGACGGUCCUGUUAUGUCUAGUCUGUUAUGAUUGUCAUUUUAUUUAUUUUAACCUAAAUCUAAGAAAUCGUGGUUAAUAAGCCUUGUAUGGAAUAUAUAUAACAUGUGUUCCUCAUAACGCAUAUCUGUUGAAGCAAAUAAAUGUUAAAGUAUUGGUAGCACAUAAAUGGAUACAGUACUUCAAAGUAUAAGCAAUAAAAAUGGCUGCCCUGAAAUUUUUGAUGCCUGUUAUGCGUGUUGCUUUAGUCUCUGUGCAUAUUGUAAAUAUUUUUAGGUGAAUAAGUUAUAAACAUUCUCCGCCUUAUGAAAAUGGUGACCUAAAUAUAUGAUGGCAUUCAGUUUUGAAUGUAGUGCACAUCUGACCCGUUAUUUGGUCUUUUACAAAGUGUGCUAUUGAGUCAAAGUUGAAUCAGUUGGACUAUACUACAAUUUGUAAGACACCUUAGGCGGUCCUAGUUUCACUAUAUUAAUAAUGAUAAUAAUGUACUUAUUAUUUUGGUGCCCUAGUUUGCAUGUAACAUUACGCGCGUUAUCUUUAUGUACUUGUAAAUAUGAUGAAUCCAUACGCUUUGUUAAGUAUAAGGGUGUUAAUGUGUUUGUCAAUUUUUUAACUUUUGGAGAUUUUUUUAAUAUUAAAUUAACUUGUAAUAUAAGUUAUGUAAAUAUACAAGUAGCUAAAUAGUGAACUGAGAUUAUACACUGGAACUGCUGGCUCCAAAUAUACGCGUGGUUGUGACGUUACGUGGUCGCGUAGUUAUAGUAAUCGCGUGCAGCUUUGUUUUAAUUAUAAUAAUAAUCAUUUUGGAGCCAGCAUGUUAACAUUAUUAUUGCGAAUCUUUGUUUCAGUCAUUAUAAUAUUAAUUUAAUUUAAAUGAUACAAUAAAAAUUCAUUUGGAGAGCAAUUUUGGGAUCAUCUGGUUGCAGAUGAAGUCUGUAAACUUUAAAUAUCAUGUUAGCUGAUGUGUUAGGUUGGCAAAUUAAUAACAACCAGUGAUAGCCAACUAUUUCACUAGGUAGAUUAAAUUGAAAUGCCUUUUAAUAUUUGGGGAAGGUGUGAUAUACUGCUGCAGUUCAUCAUAAAAUAUAAAGAAAGUACAAUUCUAUGUUUCUACUGGAAACAACUCAUAUUAUAAAUUAAUUAUGUAGUAUAACUUGUCAACCAAUGAAAUGUGACAUGCAUAUAGGCAUUGAUUCUGGUAGCUCCAACCAACUUAAAAGUACAUUGUUUCUGUAAUGUAUCAAUAUUAAAUUCUUUUCUCAAAUGUAAGUCAUAGACUGAAAUAUGCCAUCUAAAAAUUAUUAUUUACUAAAGUAUUUAUAUGCAAAGAUAUGUUGUUAUAUUUUGAGUGAGUUGGUGCACAACAAAAUCAGUGCCAAUAUCUAUUUUUAUUACCUGAAUGCAAGUAUUGUUGGAUCUUCCAAAUAGAAACACUUUUAGAAGCAAAUGAAUAAUUCUCGUCAGUCGUAUUUUCUUUAAAUAGAUGAAACAGCCACUUAAACACAUUAAAGAUGUAUUAUCACUUGUUGAAACGCAAUUGUAUUGCAUUGAUUUAUACAUCAAAUUACUUAUAAAAUGUCACCAUGUACUUAUCAAAGAAGAAAAAAUAUUUAGGGAAAUUAAGGGUCUACUUGCCUUAUCACAAACUGCGUCUUUAUCACUAUAAUUAAGUAAGUACAUAAAUAUUUUAAAUCCAUAUAUUAAUGGAUAAUUUUAGGAAGUGUAAAAUGUUAAUAAAAUAUAUUAUCCAAGUACAAAUACGUGUACUUUCCGAUUGGCUAAUAAUUGUGUCCGUUAGUGUAAUGUUAUACUCCGACUUCCAAUCGUAUGCAUUGCAGACAUAUUUGGCGCUUCUUUUAAAUGUAAUACAAAAACCGCGUACAAUUAAAAGUCGGAAUAUAGUGUUAAUCGUUAAGAAAUACACAUAAACUAUCUCUAAGAUCGUGCUAAGCACGUAAUAUUUUCGUGCUGUAUAAUUUCCUAAAUGUAUAAUUUAAUAAUAAUAAUGGUCUACCACUAGCUUAUUAUUAAAUUACCUAGUAAAUUAUUAUAAUGAUUUAUUUUUCAAGUUCAAUCCUGAGAUUAUGUACUAAUUUAAUUAACGUUAUCAAAACCAGAUACCUACAAGUUGUUUUAUUGCUGUAGAUUACCUGUAUUACUUUAAAAAGAUGACAAUAUAAAAUACCGAAAGAAUAAACUGAUUAAUAUUGUCAUAACUCUUCUAAAAGUUAAAAUCCAAUAACAAAUAACUAAUUUUUAUAUCUAUAAAAUCUAUUAAUGUCUCUUGAUUAUUUUAAUGAUUUAUGUGUAUUUUAAAUGAAACAUUUUUUUUAUAAUUUUAACUGAAUUAAAUUGAUGUUUUUUAUUUUUUUAUUGUGAAUCUUGCAGAGAUUGUAAACCAUAUAUUGUUUUAUUUUUACGACCAUGACAAUGAUUUAAGUACAUAAUUAAUUUGUGAAAGAUUCUCGUUUUUAUCUCAUACUCGAACAGUGAAUUUUAUUUAUUUCACGCGCAGGCGUGUACUUUUAUCACUGAUUUGUGCUUAAAUAUUAAACAAUUGGCAUCCGAGAGAAAUACAUGAGUAUUUAUAGUUGUGUAAAUAUAUUUAAUAUGACUAUUACGAAUAAUUGCUGAUAAUUGUACAGUUACUUAUAAUUUAGAAACCUAAUAGGAUAUUCGGCCAUGAAUGUAAUAAUAAUUUUAAUGCGGUGAGCACAUCACAAUUAGUUGACGAGGGACUGCUGCUAUUGUAUAUUAAUUUCACUAAUUGUAAAUGUUACGUGUUACACUACAUGCAACGCAACUGUUGUGAAUGUCAGAGUUGUAAUUCAGAAUAUUUUAUGAAGUCUAAAAUAGAAUAUCAGUGGUCUUAAACUUGUGCAUAGUUUAUUUUGUAUUAUGUGAAUAAUAACAAGCAAUAAUAAAAUUGUUAUUGAGGAAUUUUAUUUCAAUUUUAACACAAUUCCCGCCCAUCUCGAUAUUAUUUUAAAUGUGGUUACAUACAAACAUGGAUACUUCACAUAUAAAUGGCACCCAGAAAAACAAUUUAUGAAAACCAACGACACAGCAGUUUCGUCAGUAACCCAGCC